UCCAUACGUCGGGCGAAGACAUGUUGAUAGGAAUAUCGCCAGUGUAUGUCAUUUAGGGGCUGUGCAAGACGGCGCCGUCUUCGUCAUGGAUUGGUUUGGUGUGUGGUGUAUUUAUGUUGGUGUCUUCUGUAACCCUGGUGAAGCUGUGCACAGUAUCGGUUGCAUUGAGACUGCGAAGUCAUUCUUAGAAUCCGAAGCUUGCGGUGCAACUCAAAACUGCACAGUGCAUUGCGAGGACAGUUGCUACAAUGACAGUAAAGCUGAAGUUUUGGGCACUGUGUUCUACUCGGAGGUGACUUUUUGCGCUUUCGUAGAACUCGUCCAUCUGUAAGAGUGCCCUGCAUGACUUGCGCAUUUCGUCCUGGAAUGCCAGUGCCAGGACAGUCACCUUUGUGGCCUCUGAAGAAGAUGACAGACGCUAUGACUUCGUAGGAUCUGUGCGUUUCAACAUUCCAUCAAAAGAUCACUUUCAGAACACUGCAUAUUUCUAUUUCACCUCACCUAGGGUCACCGAAGAAGUAUUGGACACCACCAUGCUCCAUCGUAACUUUAUCUACUCAUCAUAUCAGCAACAGAAGUCAGACAAAUGGCUGAAAGAUACACCCUCGCAGGAAUGCCACGUAUCUCCUGGAUAUACGGCGCACUUUGAUUACACACUUAAAGAACUUGAACUGAAUGCUUCUGUCAACCUUUCACCGUCGCCCAGCAACGGACGAUACAGCAUCACGUGGCCUAGGACACUUCAGCCGCGGGUUCGCACUAACAUGUUCUGGUGCAGAAUCCACAACAGAAUGACGUCAGACAUCGCAUCUCCGGCCAUGUACUUCCGUGACAUCAGUCCUGCCGUUCCAUUUCUUCCGAGACACUACACGACCACCGUAAGCCUGGAUGAACCACUGGACAUAGAAGUGGUUCCACGGAGACCAGGCGAGGUGACCUCGUGGGUCAAGGAGAAUGGGAGUGGUAAUGGAGAUCGGCCUAAAGUGAACAACAGUGGCUACAAGCUAAGGCACAAAAAAGCUGCGUUGCAUCACGGCGGAUUAUAUGUCGUCAACGGGCCAUACAGAAGAUCUCCCGGAAAGAACCGUGCUGUGAUGCGAGUCAUCGUGCGAAUGUGCAGAGCAAACAAGUACGGACCUCUGUGCGAAUCCACGUGCCCUGGCUGCAAAAACGGUGGCAUUUGCCACGACAUCAUCGGUCGCUGCAUCUGUCCUCCAGGGUUUAAAGGAGAACUCUGCGAAGAACCAUGCGGAGAUGAUAAAUACGGCCAGCAAUGCCAGAAACGUUGUUCAGACACCAACCCUGACCCCGAGUCAAAAACAUGUUCGGGCAUCAUGAUCUGCCUUCCCGAUCCUUAUGGCUGUUCUUGUGGAACUGGCUUCAAGGGAUUCUUCUGCAACGAAACGUGUUCCGAACACAAAUACGGAGCUGACUGCAAGCAGAAGCGCGUCUGCUACUGCAAGAACAACGGGACUUGCAAUGUCUUCACUGGAACCUGCGUAGAUGAUAACCAAGAGUGUCUCCAUGGCUGGAAGAACAAACCUUACUGCGAUAUCAGCUACCCUCUCCUAAAGAGCAAACCCGAAGUUUCAAACAUCAACGACACCAGCGCUAAAGUAACUUGGAAUCCAUGGAAUUCUGGACAUGAUACUGGCGAAGGGAACCCUGAAGCGUACUCGCUCCAAUACAAGGAAAUUGCAAGCGCGAAGUGGUCGUCUACUCGAAAUGCUCGCUCUCCAACGAUCCAUAGCCAUCUUCUGUCGGGAUUGAAGCCCGACACUUCUUACGACGUCAGAGUCCUGGUGAUCGACAGCGACAACAAGUACCGGAGUGAAGGGGCCCAGGAAGAACGCUUUAGAACGCGUUGUGGACGUCCCUCAGAGGCGCCUUCUUCCAUCGUGAUUGACACCUCUCACAGCAGAUCAAUCACCGUCAACUGGGAGAAUCCUCCUCGGCAGUCCUGGAACUGUAGGACCAUCAAUGUCACCCUCAUGUACAACUACAGCAGAGCUACAUUCAAUCUAACAGCUAAUCCAGACUUCCAUCCAAAAGCCAAUCUCUCGUUUUCCACAAAGCCGUAUACUUUAUGGAGCAUCAAACUUCGUAUGGAGACUCCAGAUGGAGGGCCAGGAGAAUGGACCGCUAUCACAAAAGCACGCUCCGCUCAAGAUGCACCGUCUGAGGUUCGGGGUGUAGCCACAGUAAAAAUAAGUGCUCGGAGUGCAAUCAUUCUGUGGCUUCCACCCAACGAGCCCAAUGGGAUCCUCCGGAACUAUGGGAUUACGUACCAGGUGGAAAGGCUCUUGGCGCCAAAGUGCAACAGAAGAAAUGAAGGACAUAUGAACAGCACCAACGUUACCUACGACACUCAACAGAUAACGCUUACAGGGUUGAAGCCAUAUGCUCAAUACGUCUUUCGGAUCAAGGCUUUCACAAUCAAAGCAGGGCAGGAGACAACAUUGAUAUUCAGCACGCCAGAAGCAGUGCCUGAUGGAUCGGUAUCGUUCCUGUCACCUAACAUUACAAGGGAGUAUGUAAAGCUGGAGUGGACGAUAGUUCCAUGCGAGCGAGCCAACGGCAAUAUAUCCCGUUAUCGCGUGAUCACCCGAAGCCCUGAGGAGUGGGAGGUAAAGGUCUACAAUGAGACGACGAGCGAGACCAAAAUUGCGUACGACAGCCUGGUCCCAUAUACUCUCUACUAUGUGAGUGUGAUCGCAGAAAAUCGUGCUGGACUAUCGACGCAACCUGCCAGCAUGAACUUCACUACACUGCCGACAAAGCCUCCUGCUCCGACUGCACUUGUGGGGGAACAGCAAUCAAGAACGAGCAUUUCCUUAACCUGGGUCGUUCCCUACCCACCUUACGGUGUCCUGAAGUAUUACAACGUUUUGUUUCAAUCAGAAAAUUCCACAACGUAUACGACAACGCAAGUCGACCCUAAGCGAGCGAUCUGUCGUGGAAUGGAAGGCACCAAGAAACAGUGCUUUACCAUGAGUGAUCUUCGACAAGAUACGAAAUACUACAUUAAGGUGUCUGCUGCCAACGAAGGAACAGGUGAAGGAAACUCAUGCAAAGAAAUAGAAGUAGUGACGAAGGAACUGCCUCCCGAGGCACCCAGAGAACUGUCCGUAACGGACCGAAGAGAACGCAGUAUCAGGGUGGAAUGGAAGGAACCACUGCGCAAAAAUGGGGUUCUCAGGCAGUACAGGCUGAACAUAUCAUUAAUUCACUCAUUCGAUACGGAACUGCUGAACGCAAGUCGUCCAAACUCUACUGAAUUUUCCAAUACCUCCAUCCUGUGGUGCGACCUGCAGCCUCUUUUCCCGGCAUGCACAUACAAUGUGUGCGUAGAAGCAAGCACGAGUGCCGGCUUCGGAGCUCCUCAGUGCGAACGAGUCACCACCAAAGCAUCAGUUCCAGUUGUAGAAGCUGAACCCAGCUUAGAAAGAAUCAUCAACAACACAGUUCACCUCACACUGUCUCCAGUCACGUUCAAAAAUGGGCCCAUCAGUAACUGCUACGUGCUCGUCGUACGAGGCUACGACCACUACCAGGGCAGCGUACGUCCUUUGACCUACCAGGAGUCUCGAGAACUUGACCUGCCCUACUACGUGGCUGCUCGAUUGGACCCGGAACAGUUAAGAGGCCCCCAAGACUUUGUCGUCGGCGAUGGCUCCACGAUUGGAGGGUACCACAAUGCUCCUCUGGAACCUACAACUACAUACCGGUUUGCAGUUUUGGUUGAGAGCAACUUUUCAGGGGAGGUCUUGUACGGUUACCGCUUAUCUCAGCCUGUUGUGGUGAGACCUCUUGCUAAUCUUGGAACGAUCCUCGCUGUUCUGGUAAUGUUUCUGCUCGUACUCCUGUUGGUGGCAGCCAUAUUCUGCUACCGGAAACGAAAGCGAGCUACUCCUUCCAGGAGCAACAGAUUAAUGGUUCACGAGCUCAAGGAAGCAUUGCCCAUACCCUCGAAAUUGGGUGACGACAACGUGUCUGGAUCCCGGAUGACACUGAACAUGGUGGACGUCGACCUGAACGCCAUGGAGCCAAUCCAGAACAACGGUGGCACAUCCGGGUCAGUAGCUGUAAAAGACUUUAAGCUGCACGUACAACGAUGUCAAGAGAAUGGUAAACUCGAGGAAGAGUAUAUGAGCGUUGGUCAUGGUCAACUGCAUCCGUGGGAAAAUGCCAAGAAGCCUGGAAAUAAAUCAAAGAACCGUUAUGGGAAUAUCCUACCCUACGACCACUCCCGGGUUGUUCUAUCAUGGGGCUCUGGCCCUGACUCGGACUACAUCAACGCCAAUUACGUUCCCGGUUACAAUAAUCCCAGAAGGUACAUCGCUACACAAGGUCCAAAGUCAACGACCACCGCCGAUUUCUGGCGGAUGGUAUGGGAAGAGAAGAGCUGCAUGAUCGUCAUGCUCGCAAACCUCAAGGAAAAGGAGAAGGUGAAAUGCGAGCAGUACUGGCCAGAGUCAACACGAAAGUACGGAUUCGUCACUGUCCGCACGGACAAAACGGAGACUUCCGUCGACUUUGUAGUCCGAGAGUUUACCGUAACUAAUGAGAAAGAAAAGAACACUCGUCUGGUUGUGCAGCUCCACUUUACGACGUGGCCCGAUCAUGGGGUUCCAGUUUACCCCGAUGCGAUGCAACCUUUUAUGAAACGGGUGAGAGGGAUACGUAAGACGGACGCUAAUCCAAUCAUCGUUCAUUGCAGUGGAGGAAUUGGCCGAACGGGGACUUUCAUUCUAUUGGACAGCAUGAUGGAUCAAUCAGAAAAUGAGGGACAAGUCAACCUCGCGGAGCAAUUACGUGCAAUGAGGCAGAACCGCAUCAGCUUGGUCGAAUCAUUGGACCAAUACAUCUUCGUUCAUCAAGCCCUUGUGGAAAUCUUGUGCUCCAAGUUCCACAAGAUGACUGUCCAGGAGUUCACGGAACGGUUUCACAUGCUCAGAGUGCGGAGCCCAGAUUCUGGAAAAAGCACAGUAGAGGAAGAGAUUGAAGAGCUCAAUUCGACUGACCUACCACCCAAUGUAACCUACACGGCUGCCACGAGUGCAGAGAAUACGGCAAAGAACCGCGCUCAAAACAUCCUUGCAGCUGACGCAAGGAGGCCCUACUUGAGUGUCCCUCCAGAUAGUGGUCGCACAGAUUACAUAAACGCCGUCUACGUUGACGGCUUUAAAAGACGCAACGCCUUUCUGGUAACACAGUUCCCGUUGCCCGACACCAUUGGAGACUUCUGGCAGAUGGUGGCUACAAGCAACACUAGAGCGAUUGUCACCUUAGAUAAGCUAGAUUUGGCAGAUGAGACCUGCCCACAGUUCUGGCCAGACCUGAACACAACUGUCAAGUAUUACGGUUCCAAGGUCCAAAACGAAGGAACGAAUAUCGAGUCCGGGAUCGUCGUUCGGACGUUCAGGGUCGAACAGACCGGGUUGAAGAAAACGCAGAGAAUAGUACGCCAGUUCCACUUGCAAGAAUGGCCGCUGUCCAACGUUACACCGCCAUCUUGUGACAUCAUGCUGGACCUUAUUCAGAAGGUGGAACGAUGGCAGAGGCAGUCGAAGAAUACGACACUUAUUGUGCAAUGCAUAAACGGUUGCACAAACAGCGGGUUGUACUGCGCUUCGAGCAUCGUCUGCGAACAGCUGAAGACGGAACAGGAUUUGGACGCGUUCCGAAGCGUUCAGACGAUCCGGAACAGCCGACAGCAGUUCGUCCGUGACCAGGUCCAGUACGAGUUCCUCUAUGACGUGGCCUUGGCUUUCCUGGACAGAUUCGACGGGUACUCCAACUUCCAGUGAUACUUCCGCACGUGACGCGCUCACCACCCGUGAGACAAUAUACGUAGUAUUACAGUAGACAAUACAUAUGUAGCGUAAUAUUUAAAGCGUUCAUAAGAGUGUAAGAUUGGCUUCGCUAUGUCUGCGUGUAUCAUCGGUCAUCACGACGCCACAUGAUGCGAAGGGGUCCGCUAGGAGCAGCUUUCAUCCAACAUGAUGGCAAUUGAUCUUCUGGAUCCAGAAGGUGUGGGUUCGAGUCCUACAGCUGGCUAACUUUUUCAGUGACUUCCUUCUUUCAUCAGCUUCUAUCCAUUUGCGCGAUACAGUGCUGUGAGACGCUGCUAUUAGAUGCUUGUCUGCAGGCUUGACGUAAGAUGAAAUGGUUCUGCAUUUGUACUUUUCUACUGAGUGCAAUGUUCAAAAAUCAAUGUUUAAUACGCUUCUUCCGGGAGUAUGAGUUGCUCGGUAAGAGUUGUGGGGAACAAGAGGACGAAGAAGUUAGAGUGGAGCAGGAAAGGAAGAAGGCGAGGAGAUUAAUUGUUUGAUGUGUGGACCUGAAAGCGUGGAAGCGAUCGGCUAUAUAUGAUGAGAGUUAUUAAAAUAACGGGUU